AUGGCAACACCCUACCCCACCGUGAAUCAAGCAACACCCUACCUCACCGUAAAUCAAGCAACACCCUACCCCAUCGUGAAUCACGCAACACCCUACCCCACCGUGAAUCAAGCAACACCCUACCUCACCGUGAAUCACGCAACACCCUACCCCACCGUGAAUUCCGAAACACCCUACCUCACAGUGAAUCCCGCAACACCCUACCUCACCGUGAAUCAAGCAACACCCUACCUCACCGUGAAACACAUAACACCCUACCUCACCGUGAAUCACGAAACACCCUACCUCAUCGUGAAUCACACAACACCCUACCUCACCGUGAAUCACACAACACCCUUCCUCACCGUGAAUCACGCAACACCCUACCUCACCGUGAAUCAAGCAACACCCUACCCCAACGUGAAUCAAGCAACACCAUACCUCACCGUGAAUCACACAACACCCUACCUCACCGUGAAUCACGAAACACCCUACCUCACCGUGAAUCACGCAACACCCUACCCCACCGUGAAUCAAGCAACACCCUACCUAACCGUGAAUCACGCAACACCCUACCCCACCGUGAAUUCCGAAACACCCUACCUCACCGUGAAUCACACAACACCCUACCUAACCGUGAAUCUCGAUACACCCUACCUAACCGUGAAUCAUGCAACACCCUACCUCACCGUGAAUCACAAAACACCCUACCCCACCGUGAAUCACGCAACACCCUACCGCACCGUGAAUAACGCAACACCCUACCUCACCGUGAAUCUCGAAACACCCUACCUCACCGUGAAUCACUCAACACCCUACCUCACCGUGAAUCACACAACACUCUACCUCACCGUGAAUCACACAACACCCUACCUCACCGUGAAUCUCGCAACACCCUACCUCACCGUGAAUCUCGCAACAUCCUACCUCACUGUGAAUCACACAAAUCCCUACCUCACCGUGAAUCACACAACACCCUACCUCACCGUGAAUCUCACAACAUCCUACCUCACCGUGAAUCUCGCAACAUCCUACCUCACUGUGAAUCACACAACACCCUACCUCACCGUGAAUCACACAACACCCUACCUCACCGUGAAUCUCACAACAUCCUACCACACUGUGAAUUACACAACACCCUACCUCACCGUGAAUCACACAACACCCUACCUCACCGUUAAUCACACAACACCCUACCUCACCGUGAAUCUCACAACAUCCUACCACACUGUGAAUCACACAACACCCUACCUCACCGUUAAUCACACAACACCCUACCUCACCGUGAAUCUCACAACAUCCUACCACACUGUGAAUUACACAACACCCUACCUCACCGUGAAUCACACAACACCCUACCUCACCGUUAAUCACGAUACACCCUACCUCACCGUGAAUGAUUAA